AUGGAGAUGGCACCCGAGACUUACAAAGACGCGGCCCGAAAGCUGGGCAUGAGGAAGGGCGACGCACGUUACCAGACGCACUUCAACCUCCCCGGCCGAGGCCUGUUCGCAAAGUUGAGCGUGCCCUCUGGGCAUGUGCGCUCCGACCUAUAUGACAAGCUGUUCCAGGUGAUGCAGCAGGCCGGGGACCACAUCCGAUCAUCACCGUGCGUUCUGUGCGAGCGCGUACCACAGGAUGGACUGUUCCGACUGUUCUUCGAUUGGGAUGUUCAGGUUUCCGAAGUGGGAACGGACGAAGAGGUCCUGCAAAGUAAUCGGCAGGUGGUGCAGGGAAUCAGAGCGGAAGUCAUUGCCUCCUAUGGGGUAGGCUUUGCCGGGACUUGUCUACUUAUCUCGCAGGGAUGCAUGCAAAAGAUUCACGUAAACUGUCCGGACAUCACUGUGACCAAGGACAUCGCGAGAAGCUUUUGUGAACGUUUGCGCAAGCGGCUGCUGGAGAAGGGCUGUCUGAAAGCAGGGAUGGAGAAGGAAUGGCUCGACACCUCGGUUUAUAACGGACAGGGGCUGCGACUCCUCGGAUGUCACAAAGGGGAUUGCCUGGACCUCGGGGACGUGGAGAAAUACGAGAUGCGCUUCGGUAAAGGAACUUUUCGUUACGCCUACGAACCCGUGGACAGCGCAACAUUCGUCAGGCGGCGCAUUUGCAGGGAAGAUCUGGACGACUACAGUAUCAUCCCGGAACCCGUUCCCAGCGUAACACCCCUCUGCCCCGCUGCGAAAGCCGCACUUGGCCUGGCGACAAAGCGGACGACGGGAACCUCGGACGUCACACGGACAUCGGGGAAAUUCCGGAACACAGCCGAGCUGGCUGACGCGGCUGGUAGCGUGGCGAACUCAAGCGGGGACCACGUCACAGACGAUGGACUGAAGCAAUGGCUAGCUACGGAGUUCUCCCUGUCAGACGGGAAUAACGUAUGUAUCGACCAGAGCAGGCGCAUCCCCGGGCCCGGCAAACGGAAGGGGGAAGGGAAGAGGGUGGAGGAAAACGUUGGGGUUAUCAUUCCUACUCGAGAUCGGGCGUGUCCUUUCAAACGAGGUCAGCACAAGGCGAACCACGUCUACUUCUUGCUCCAUAGGACCUCCCUCGAAAUACGCUGUCACGACGAGGGCUGCGGCACCCGGAGCUCAAGAAUCACAUACGAUACCAUCCCACAACCAAUAUGCGAGAGUUUGGACGCUCUACGCAGUCGGGUAUUGAAAAGUUCCACCGAUGGCGGACUAGCGUGGAAGGCGGACAAACGGAGCGGGGCCGAUCUCAUCGGCAAGGAGCUUGCCAGUUUACGAAUAGAAUAUCCACAAAAUCAGUUUGACUUUGAUGAAGACCAAGCUGCAGUCCACGAAUCGGGCGCUUGGCUCAUGUUGAGGGACCUCUACUGCAUCAAGUGCAAGAAGCACCAUGAAGACCCUCAGAACUUUCUCGAGUGCAGCACCACUGGGAAAAUCGUCCUGCACUGUCUCCGAACCCUUUUCACACCCGGCCAUCCAUUGUUGACUGUCCCGAGCAGCGUGACGAACGUUCUCUUCCAAGGUAAUAACAACGUGAUAAACGUGAACUGCGCGACCGAUGAUGGUAAAGGAGAUAUCCGGGAUUUUGGACGCAUGGCGGACUUUCCGAGGUCGCAUGACAACGAAAGGUUGGACCAGCUCUGCUUCGAGAGUUUGACCAUGGGCCGCACCGACGACAUUGCUGCCUAUGUCGAGGAGGCCAUCAAAGGGAAGUACGCGUUCAUCGACGAGAACUGGUAUCGUUUCACAGGCUCGUACUGGAACAAGGGAGUAACCCCGCGAGCCUUCUUGACCAGAGAAGUGAGCAGAACGUACGCUUCUUUACGCGACUCCUACAAUGACCGGAAGCAGAUUCGAUGGUUGAACAUGAUCGUCGAGGACCUCGGCAACAGCAACCGCAGGAAAUACGUGAUGGCCGAUUUGGAACAGCGGCUUCGAGAGUCGACCGAACCUCCUGUUCCGAUUGAUAGCAACCCUUGCCUCCUCGGUUUCCAGAACGGCGUCUUCGAUUCGCGCGAUGGAAGUUUCCGGGAACAUCGCCAGGAGGACUAUCUUUCAUACUUGCUUCCCCACAGCAUACCGGGCAGAUCCGACCCGGUCCUUCGCGCUGAGAUUCUUCGUUUCUUCCAGCAGAUCAUGCCGAACCAAGGGGUUCGGAAAUUCCUGUUGCUGACACUGGCCUUGAGCCUAGAGGGAAAGAACUCCCAUCAGAUCGCGACGAUUUGGACCGGAUGCGGAGGAAAUGGGAAGUCUCAAUUGAAGUCGUUCAUCAAGAUGGUCUUCACCCACCUCCUUUUCGCGGAGCCGAUGGUUACUUUCUUGACCAACGAAGUGCCAGACGCGCAAAGGCCAGCACCACAUCUCGUGGAUCUCGCGACCAAGAGAGCUCUCUUCUGCUCUGAACUGGAGGCCGGGAAGAAAGCCAACGGUGCGUUCAUCAAGGUCCUUUCUGGGAACGACCACAUAUCCGCACGGGAUUGUAACAGUAAUAAAAUCGUGUCUUUCCUCCCGCGGUUUAUACCCACACUUCUGUGCAAUGACAUUCCGAAGAUGUCGGGUGGGGGGACUGACUUGAACGCGCUAUGGCGACGUCUGAAGAUUAUCCUCUUUGAGGUGAAGUUUGUGAAAUCGCCGCGGCCGGAGUGCCCCCAGGAAAUGCUCGUGGAUUUUGACCUUGGUGCCAAGAUGGAACGGUGGCCGGGCGAAUUCCUCCUUCUGCUCAUGGAAGUCUACCGGGAGCACAUCGCCACAGGACGACAGCUCACCGAACCAGCGGAGGUCAGCGCCAAUCUUGAGGAGCAAAAGACAGAGAACAAUCCAUUUCCGAGUUGGUUCCACUCGGCGUUCGAGCCCAGUGCUGAAGCAGAGAUCCACGCGCACCGCGUUGCCAACCUCUUCGAACAACAUCUGCAUAGGGAGAAUAACGACGAGAAGCUCCGCGGCCCAUCUACAAAGGAGACCACCAAGCAGCUCAAAGGUUGGACGUUGAAGCGGACGGAGUAA